CAGCACCCAAGUUGAGUUCCCAUAACAUUCGUCACAGCCCUGCGACUCACACAGGGAAGGGAGAGAAAUGAAACUCAGCUGUCUUAUUGAAGAAACCCAUUGCACAACAAAGAAGGAGGGAGGGAGCAAGCAGUGCCCGGCAGGACUGACCUAUACCCUACAUACCCUGCGAGGGUAUAUGUAAAAUAGCUUAAAAUCCAGCCUCAUGCAGGGAUUGUAGGACUACCAGCUGUAACCUUGCAGAAAGAGAAGGGGGCAGGGAGUUGGCACUAAACAGAAAGCACACAGGAGCAGCUCAGACAUACAAUAAUAGACCCCGAGAGGGCACAGUAAUUACAUUUAUAGUAGAGCAUUGCCUGGCACACACAGGGUGCACACUGGGAGCUGUGUGUGUUUCCCUCCGGGAUUGCUGGAUUCAGGGUGUGGGUCUUUGUCCUGGCUCACACAGUGCUCUCUCUCUCUCUCAGUCUCUGGGUGUAGUUGUCUAUUCUGCUCACUAGCCAGCCCCAGCCUGACGGUGCCCAGUGCCUGAUUUCUGUGUGGGCAGCCAUGGCCAGGUGGACGAUAUAUGCGACUGGCACCCUGUCCCUGCUGCUACUCAUCGUUAGCAUCGCCUUGCUGAUUGCUCACACCUUUAUGGGCAUUGUUGAGGAGAAGAUCAAACAGGUGAGAUGUUUUAUGUGUGUCCUGUGUGCAGAGCAAUGGUUUCAUUAUUGUUGUUUGUCAAUGUAGUCUCACUUGGUAUUAGUACCCCAACAUUGACCAAUGUACAAACUCUUAAAGGGGAACUCCAGACCCCUAAAGAACUAUACAUGUGCUGGGUGUGUACAGUUUGUGGCCUCUCAUUUUACAAAAACUGCAGAUUUCAAUAGCAAUUAACUAAACUCAAGAGGCAUAAAUUACUCAGAGCACCUGCCUUGCAAAGAGUUAUCAUUGAGCUACAUUGGGAAUUCUGUGAUUGGACAGCCACAGAAAGCCAGGGCUGGGGGGGGGGAGGCAGCAGACGAGAUAGGCAGUUUUUGCAAGAUUUUUUUUUUUAAAUUAAGUUAUACCCCCAAUGAAAACAAAAAUGCAUAAUUACAUUUAAUGCUGGUUUUCGUUGAGUAGUUAUUUUUUUUUAAUUGUAUUUGGAUGUGCAACAGAGUUUUAGCCUAGGGUAUUUAUUCAGGCUACUUUAUUAAUGUUUAGUUUUUUACUUUACACAUACCUGAAAUUCAGUAGUUCCCAGUGUUUAUGUGCAGACUUGUUUGAGAAUGAAUUAGUUCUACUUGUGCAAUGAAGCCAAGAUAGCUUUACCUAGUGUAGAUGGGUCUAACCAACCACUUUAAGUAUUUCUCAUGGGUUUAUAGACCCUCAUCUUCCAUAAUUUCACAUGAUUAAUUGGAUUUAAAUGUGUAGCACUAGUGUAAUACCUUUGUGACAUGGUUCAUGCGAUUUGCUGCAAUGACAGCUAUGUUCCCAGGUCAUGUGCGCAGUUUCAGGCAUACCACCAAGCACUUAAAGGGACUUUAUAUUUAAAAACUAGCCCCAUAUUUAUAAUGGUAUAUAAAUAAUGCAUUAUUUAUUUAUUUUAAAUGAAGUAAAAAAAAUAAUAAAAUACCUUUUUACAAAGGGUUCCUUGGGGACGAUGUAGUGGGCUUACCUACAUGCCUCCCACACCAGCAUUAUUCAACCUGGACUAUUGAUCUUACCCAUAAACCGCUGUCCUUUACGUGUUUAUAGGAUAAUGAAUGUAUCCCUCAUUCCCAGUUAUCACAAAAUGAUUGUUACUGCAUUACAGCAAAAACCAGCCUUACUGGGGCUGUCAUCAGUUAAUGCACAGCCCAGUUUACCCCACAGUAAUUGGCUCAGCUCUCUCCAGCCAUGGGGGAGACUUCCCUAUUAUUUGUAUUGCAAGUACACACUGCAUAUACAUAAUGGACAAAAUUAUCACAAAGCAACCCAAAACUACUGUUGUCAGCUGCCUGGUUGACCAUCUUUCCUCUGUCUCUUCUCUAUAAGAAAUUGCCUAAGCAGUCAUGCAUAGUGUUUAAACUGAUAUUAAGUUCCUCCAUUUUGCUUAGCUUAGUUUUCUUACCAUAUCGGGCAAACACAAUGAAUGCACUAAUGUCUAUAUGUAGAUUCCCCAUCCACAGGGUUGGUAAACUAUUGGAGUGUUGUAGUUCUGCAACAACUAGAAAUCUACCUUUUGGCCAUCAUGGCGGUGUAAUCAGUAGCUAGGAGUCAUUUUAAGCAGCCUUUGAUUGUUUGCUAAGCUCAGAACACUAGCACAUUGAUGCCAGUUAAAGGAGGUUCUUGGAAGUGAAUCACUGCCUAGGUCCCAGUGGAGUAUUAGAGACAUGGCCUGGCAGUCUAAUUAACUCAUUAUCCACAGAAACAUUCUCUGAUAAGUAGUGGAGAUUGCUCUGUGACCGGCUCCGGUUUACAUAACGUGUGUUUCAGCAAAUAAAUUGUAGGUGACAGGCAAAAACAAGUGCUAUUCUAAGUUAAACAAUCACAGUGGAAACCAAUAGAAUGUCUCAGCAUUUAAAGGGACACUAUAGUCACCAGAACAACUACAGCUUAUUGAAUUUUUUCCGGUGACUAGAAUCAUUACCAUCAGGCUUUUUGCUGUAAACGCUGUCUUUUCAGAUAAAAUGCAGUGUUUACAUUACAGCCUAGUGAUAACUUCACUGGCCACUCCUCAGAUAGCUGUUAGAGAUCCUUCCUGGGUCAUGGCUGCCUAAAAUGCAUCCAAACAUUCAGUAUCUCCUCCCUCUGCAUGCAGACACUGAACUUUCCUCAUAGAGAUACAUUGAUUCAAUUCAUCUCUAUGAGGAGAUGCUGAUUGGUCAGGGCUGUGUUUGAAUCAUGCUGGCUCUGCCCCUGAUCUGCCUCUUUGUCAGUCUCUGCCAAUCCUAUGGGGAAGCAUUGUGAUUGGAUCAGGCUACCACUUCUAAUGAUGUCAGCAGGCAGUGGGCAGGUCAAAGGAAACUGUGACAAAGCAAGCAGCUCCAGACUUGAAUACAAGUAAGAUUUUACUAUUUUUACGGAGGCAUGAGGGGACCAGGGGGGCUAGAUGGUGGUUUUAACCCCAUAGAGUCAGGAAUACAUGUUUGUGUUCCUGACCCUAUAGUGCUCCUUUAACAUUUCACACCCAGAAUAGCUUAUUCCUAAAUCUCACCCCAAAAUUGACAGGCCUGACCUGUAGAUUAUUAUGCUAUUUAUCCUGCGAUAUUAAAAAAUAGCAUUUAGUUGGAUUAUUAUAGAUAAAAUUUUUAUUAAAUUGUAACUUUGUUUCAUAUUGUGUUUAAGUUUAUUUUUGGGAAGUUUAUUCACUAAAGUUCAAAUUGUAUUAAGUUGAAAUAGUGGCAACACAUUCUGUGACUAGAGCCGAGUUAGAGGAUUUUUUCCAUAUUUUUUUUUCUUCAUUCAAACUUUAAUUUGUUACAACCCAGAGUUUAGUGAAUGGCCUGCUUUGUCUCUCUGUGCCUGGCUACUUUGCUAUAAAUGGUUGUAAUUGCCAUCUUCUGUUGAUUAUUACUGUAUCUACUUGUGUAGCAUGAAAAUAUAGAAUGAAAAUAUUCUCCAGUGCUGGAAGCUACGAAUAAAGCCUAGUUUGACAAACAUACAGAUACAAUAGGAUAUAGUAGGUUUAGAGCAAGCAUGCCAAACUCAGGACCAUCUUUGCGGCCCGGCGAGACGCCAGUACAUGCUGGUGUUAUAGCAGGUGCCUACUCUGCUAACACUUACCCGGCCGGGGAGGAGGACCAGCGAGGGAGCUCAGUGUUCCUGCUCCUCACUGCUCCCUCGCGCGCCGUCUGUAGUGAAGCCGGGUGCCGGAAUAUGACGUCAUAUUCCGGCAUCACUAAACUGCGUGAGGGAGAAGUGAGGAACAGGAAGGAGAUCUCCCCACACCAGCUCCCAAAAGUAGGGAACAAUAAAUUAAAUGAUGUGAGUGCAAGAAUGUUUAAAUGUGUGUCUGUGUGUGUGUGUGUGUCUGUCAGUGACUGUAGAGGGGAGGGCAGGUUUUAUUUAGAGGGGGGCAGGGAUUUUUUUUGUAGAGGGGGACUAGGCUGGUGAUUUUGUAGAGGGGGACUGGGCAAGUGAUUUUGUGGAGGGGCAGGGAUUUUGUAGAAGGUGGGGGGUUGUAGAAGUGGGACUGGGCAGGGGAUUUUGUAGAGGGGAGACUGGGCAGUGGUUUUUCAGACACACACACACACACAGACACACAUAUACACACACACACAUACACAGAGACACACACAUACUUACUAACAGACACACACACACACAGACACACACAUACUCACUGACAGACACACACACACAAACACACAUACUCACACACAGACACACAUUUAAACAUUCUUGCACUCACAUCAUUUAAUUUAUUGUUCCCUACUUUUGGGAGCUGGUGUGGGGAGAUCUCCUUCCUGUUCCUCACUUGCCUACUCUGCUAACACUUACCCAGCCGGGGAGGAGGACCAGCGAGGGAGCUCAGUGUUCCUGCUCCUCACUGCUCUCUCGCGCGCCGUCUGUAGUGAAGCCGGGUGCCGGAAUAUGACGUCAUAUUCCGGCAUCACUAAACUGCGCGAGGGAGAAGUGAGGAACAGGAAGGAGAUCUCCCCACACCAGCUCCCAAAAGUAGGGAACAAUAAAUUAAAUGAUGUGAGUGCAAGAAUGUUUAAAUGUGUGUCUGUGUGUGAGUAUGUGUGUUUGUGUGUGUGUGUCUGUCAGUGAGUAUGUGUGUGUCUCUGUGUGUGUGUGUGUGUGUCUGUCAGUGAGUAUGUGUGUGUCUCUGUGUAUGUGUGUGUGUGUAUAUGUGUGUCUGUGUGUGUGCAUCCAUUUAAAGCGCACCAUUUACUGUAUUUAUUGUGUUACACUAUUGUGUGUUUUUUCCUUUAUAUGUUCCCUCUAUAGAUUGUACAGCCGUAUCCCAUUUCUGUCUGUGGUUCUAUGUGUGUGUGUGUGUGUGUGUCUGAAAAACCACUGCCCAGUCUCCCCUCUACAAAAUCCCCUGCUCAGUCCCACUUCUACAACCCCCCACCUUCUACAAAAUCCCUGCCCCUCCACAAAAUCACUUGCCCAGUCCCCCUCUACAAAAUCACCUGCCUAGUCCCCCUCUACAAAAAAAUCCCUGCCCCCCUCUAAAUAAACCCUGCCCUCCCCUCUACAGUCACUGACAGACACACACACACACACACACAGACACAGACACACAUUUAAACAUUCUUGCACUCACAUCAUUUAAUUUAUUGUUCCCUACUUUUGGGAGCUGGUGUGGGGAGAUCUCCUUCCUGUUCCUCACUGCUCCCUCGCGCAGUUGGCCGGGAUUUUGUAGAAGCAGGGAUUUUGUAGAGGGAUAGGGGCAGUGAUUUUGUGAAGGGGGCAGGGGAUUUGUAGAAGGGGGUACUGGGCAGGGGUUUUGUAGAAGGUGAGGGGGUUGUAGAAGUUGGAUUGGGCAGGGUUUUUUUUAGAAGGGGGACUGGGCACAGGUUUUUUGUAGAGGGGACAGGUGUUUUGUAGAAGGAGGGGUUAGAAGGUGCUUUUUUUUAUAUUGCAUACUACUGUUGUAUAUCUGUGUAUGUGUGUGUGGGGUUCUGUGAUUGUGUGUGUGUGUAUGUAUGUAUGUGACUGUGUGUAUAGGUAUAUGAUUGUAUGUGCGUGUGGGUCUGUGAUUGUGUGUGUGUGUGUAUUUGUGAUUGUGCGUAUAGUUCUGUGAUUGUAUGUGUGUCGGUGAUUAUGUGUGUAUAGAUUUGUGACUGUGUAUAGGUCUGUGAUUGUGUGUGUGUUUGUGUAUCUGUGGUUAAAUGUGCAUACGUAUAUACAUGUGUAUGUGUUUAGUAGAUAGCUCCCUAAUCUGAUGUACUUAAAUAUGCCAAUCCCAUACAAGGAUAACAAAUCAGGGAGUUUUAUACUAAACAAUUGAAAUAUCAAAAUUAAGGAAAGGGCUUUUAAAGAUAUAUUACUAUGUACAUCAUCUAUAAUCUAUAUUAUAUAUUUGAUGUGUGGCCCAAGACAAUUCGUCUGCGCUCAAUGUGGCCGAGGGAAGUGAAAAGGAUGGAUACCCACAUUUGAGACAAACACUCAAGUGGACAUAGAAUAGGGUGAAUAUAAUAAGUUGUCAUGGAGUCUACAAAGAGACACAGGCAGGGGGGAUGGAUAACAGUUAGAGGCACAAGAAGGGUAUGAUAGAGGGUGUAACUUGUGUUGGGGGAGAAAGACCGGUGCAUGGAAGAUAAAGAAGUGGAAGACAUAAGGGUAACCUUAAAAAAUGUUUUUAAAAAAAUAGUCACACACCAGCAUCCUCACAAAUACUCAGAUACGAAACACAUUGAUGAACACACCAGUAUACCCGUAGAUUUAUAUUCACACUGCCCACCUAUCUGCUUACAUCACCUCAUGCAUUCACAUAUACACACCGGCACUGCAUAACAAAAUCUGUUGUUGAUGCCACAUAACUUGCUGAGUGCCUCUGGCUUACACUCGUUCUAGGGCAGGUAUGCAAAAGAGUUAUGUUCCAAAUGUGACAUAAAAGCAACCAAAACAUAGCAGACAAGGACUCUAAGGAUGGAAAGCAACUCAAAUAGCUUGCCUUUGGUGCACCCACACUCAGUUCUCACGUGUCAUAUCUCCUUGCGGCCUUGGCCACUCCUUAUCCCUCUGUAGAUGCCGAACCUACCAAUCUAUCCAGGAACAGAGUGCUGUGGCAUUAAUCCUUUUGUCCUUUUACCAGGCUCCUUAUAGAAAAAAACACAUACUUUCAAGUGGGGCCUUUGCUGUCUGAUCACUGAAAAGGAUGGCAAGAUCUAUCAACUCAAGCAUUCCUGUUCCAGUGGUCCCUGUGAUUGUCUGCUGAAUCACAGUCUUCAUGUGUACAACACAAAUGGAAUAUUGGACUAUCAUCCAAUAUUUGUUUUAUUAGUGCCUCUCCUGCUAGCAGUUGAUCACUGAUCAUUACACACAUACAGAUACACACACUAUACAAAUACAGAUACACAAACUACACACAGAUACACAUAGACAGAUACACACAUUACACAGACAGAUACACACACUACACACAAACACACAGUUACAUACACUACACAUGGAUACACACAAACACACAGAUACUUAUGCACAGAAACAUACACUACACACAGAAACACACGGAUACAGCAGGGCUGGAUUAACAUAGGGGCUGAUGGAGCUGCAGCUCCAGGCCCAUGGACUAUGCCCAUUGAUCUUUUUAAAAAAUAAAUUUAAAAAAUGUACAAAUUUUUUCUUUUACACACUACCCUUAGGGUUGCCACCUGCCCGAUAUUCAUUUGAGACUGCCUGGCCCGUACUGAUAUUGCAGUGUUACCGGCAAUACAAAUGCCGAUAUUUUUACUCUGCAAUACCAUCACCGGCGAGUAAGAGAGGCAGGGAUAGGAAAUUACAGCAUAUACCUGCAUCACUCUACUCACUGAUUCGCUGGGGAGCAGCUACACAGCACAGAGAGUCCAGACAGCAGCUCCAAGCCUGCAGAGACAGCCUACAGCUCAGGGAAGUGAGGGAUGGGGUGAAGGCUGCAGGGAGACAUGGGGACACUAAGACACUAGGAGACACUGUGAGACAUGGGGACACAGGGAGACCUCUGGGGAUGCUGAGACACUUGGAGACACAGGGACACAGACACACAUUGGGACACUUGGGGACACUGAGACAUGGAAAAACUGAGACACGGGGGGACGCUGGGAGACAUGAGGUUACAGACACCUGGGGACACUGAGACACAUGGGGACAUUGGGAAACAUGGGGACACUGAGACACUAGGAGACAUGGGAACACUGAGACACUAGGGACACUGGGAGACAUGCGCACACAGACACUAGGGACAUUGGGAGACAUGGGGACACUGAGACACUAGUGACACAAUGUCCCCAAGUGUCUCAGUGUCCCCAUGUCUCCCAGCCAGUGUCCCUGGUGUCUGUGUCCCUAUGUCUCCCAGUGUCUCAGUGUCCCUAGUAUCUCAGUGUUCCCAUGUCUCCCAGUGUCCCUAGUGUCUGUGUUCCCAUGUCUCCUAGUGUCUCGGUGUCCCCAUGUCUCCCAGUGUCCCUAGUGUCCCUAUGUCUCCACAUGUCACCCAGUGUCUGUGUCCCCAAGUGUCUCAGUGUCCCUUAGUAUUCUAGGGAACACUGCUGUUAGGUGGUAUGGAUUUACUUGAAAGAUGAAAGCAUGAAUAGAGAGAGAUUAGCAUAUUUUAAGAGAAUCUGAGUUUUCUUAUAGCUGCAUCCUAUGACUUUCCCUCCGGCAACAUCUCCACCAGAUACAUAACGCUUGAGAGGUAUAACUGUUUUAGUGUUUUUGGUCGAUAAGAUUCUGUACUUCGGCCCCUCAUAAUUGUCAGCACCAGGCCCACUGAGCUCUUAAUCUGGCCCUGGGAUACACUCAUUAAAAAAUUGAGCCACUCAGCAGUGUCUUACCUUCUGCUGGCUGUGGCUGGUGGGAGUUGGGGGCCUGCUCUCCUGGUCCAGCCCCAUCCUCACGGCUCCCUCCUCCUCCCGCAUGUCACUUCCUCCCAGCUUUCCCUGCGGAUAGAAGUGGCCCAGUCGCGCUGUUUAAACGCCACAGCGAAUGUCCAGGCUCCUCAUUGCACAUGUCCAGGGCCACCUGAUAGACCUUCACACAGGUUCCCAAUCCGUGCGCUGCAGCUGCACCAUCGCUACGGGUUGGAAAUUCUUGUUUUAGGUGAUGACAGGGGUGGCAAAAUGCUGCCCCUGUCAGUGUGCUGCCUGGAGUCAAUGGACGGGCUGGCCCUGGCUGGGAGGAACUGAUUUCAGAUCACUUCCUUUUAGCAGUUAUGAAGGAGAAACCAUGCAGAAGGAGAGCAGCCGGCUGAAACAUGUUCCCUUGCCAUGUGCCUGGCCAGCCGUGUCCCCACUGAAUUCCAGGGGAGUCCCUCUCCUGCUGCUAAAUAGUAAGCAAAAAGGAUUUUUGCUAAACUUGACAUCAUUGUCAUGUAUGGUUGUAUUAGUGUGUGUCCUACAGUUUGUCUCUAGCAGUGUGUGUGUGUGAACCAUUGUGUGUGAGUUCAGCAGUGUAUGUGGCAAUGUGUAACUGUACCCUCGCAGUGUGCAUUGGAGGGGUGCAACAAAUACAAAACAUUGCUUGCACAUAUACAACGUAUAACAGAACCCACAUAGCAGCUGCAGCACCGAUACAUAACAUGGCAACAUACACAAAAUGAAUAAAAACUAAAAAAAAAAUAGGACCAGCAUGCCAAGGGACUUCAGAGUCUUGUAUUGGAACAGUGCUGCUAGAAGCUUACUCCUGCUAUACAGGAUACACCUGUUCUUUCACUCAGCACUUACUGUUGUAGAAUUCAGUGUUAGGAGCAUAUUUCAAAGUUAUACUCCUGACACCAUAACCAAGGAGGAUUUGUGUGCAGUCCCAUUGUUAUUUGUUAAAUUGUUUUAACCGGAUUCUCCAGCAUCCAAAGCUCAGUGCCUGAGACAUCAUAAUGAAAAAUUUUAAUUUCUUCAUUAUCUGUCCAAAAUGGUGACGUUGUGCAGUGAUAGACUCUGAACACUGGAGUAUAGGAGGAUUGGACUUUUUGCUGGUUUGCUGUUAGCCCUUCAGGGCCACUGAAAUGACAUAGGCUUCCUUUGUUAAUCCAGUGAGUGCUUCUUUGUCAAACUUCUUAAAAGAGAAAAGAGCUCCUUGACCGCCAGGUCUGUGUUUCCUGGUUUCAACAAGGGAGCCUGUAGGCUGCACUUUGGGUGGAUGCAGUUCUCUUUAAAUACUCCCUUGUGGCACUGGAUCAAGAGGAACAUUUACAAUAAUCUGCACCCACCAGAGAUGCAGACCAAAAAUUCCUCACACCGGACCACCAGGGACCAGACAUUAACCCACUGGGCUACCAGGGAUCGUAUGAUUUGCCCCCUUGUCCAAGGUAAGCAAUGGGGCAAAAACAUAUAUAUUUUUUUACAUGUAUUUUAAAUUGUAGGUAGGAUGGAACAGUCCCCGCGCCCAUAAACCCACACACUACUUAUUGAUGCAUACAGUCACCCCACACACAGGCAUAUUUUUAAAUGAACACUACAAAUACUAUAAUCACCACAGCCUGCUUUAGUGUUAAUGGUGCUAGUAGUAGCCUAGUGCCCUCCCCGAUUAAGCAGCUAUACCACUUAAGAACUAUUGGACACCUCUGUCACUGAGCCAGGCCUGACCAUGCAGGGUUGCACUCAUUAGCUGAAGGUGCUCAUUAGUUGACACCGAUUAGCUUAAACUCUGAGACAGUCCUUCACAGCAGGACUCCGUUCUUGGCGAGACUCCAGUAAGUAAUUAUCAAACUGUUCUACACUGUUUCUACAUGUUAAUAAAUAUUAACAUUCUAUAAAAUCGAAAAGUGGAAGAAUUCCUGGAUGCAAACCCUAAUGAAAUGGGCUGCACACACCUAUUGCUAUAUUUAAGGAAACUCCAAGCAGCUUAUAUUCCUUGCAUAUGUUCUGGGCAAAAGGUUUAUCUGCACAUAAGGGUUUAUCUCUAAUAAAAAAAACUGUUGCAUUCACAUUCACUUUUGUACCAGUUUUCUGCACAUGGGCAAUUUUCUUAUGUAUAAAACUGUUACUGCACCUUUGCGCCACUUUAUUUCCUAUUGCAGAUUUUAGGCUUUUUCUUUUCUCCUAAUGAUUUUACUAUUGAUUACAUUCACAAAAUACAACAAAUAAUAGUAGUACACAUGCCUGCCAAACACUGGCCCGUGUUCACUGCAGGGCAGGUGUCAUUGAGGAGGUUUGCCCUGCUUGGGAAAGUGUCCUCAAGCAGAGCAAAUCAGUGAUUGCCGAAGGAGGAGAGUGGGUGGACUUGGGAGGAGUGAUCACAGAGGGAGAGCGAAACCCAAAGUAAGUGACCACAGGUUCUCUUUAAGGGAGGGUUAUAACAUUUUAGAAUCCAUGGGUUUCUGUGGUUUUUCAAUAUCCAUUUUACUGAUUACUGAAAGCAUUUAUUUAUUUUCAAGAAGCUCUCACAGGAACCUUUUUCUUUCAGGCCACGGUCCUAAAAAAUGGAACAGAAGUCUAUGAGGAGUGGGUCAACCCGCCACCUCCCAUAUACAUGCAAUUCUACUUUUAUAAUGUCUCUAACCCAUUGGAGGUUCUAUCUGGGGAGGCACCAGUUCUUCAAGAAGUUGGCCCUUAUACUUAUAGGUAAAUAUAUACAGAAACAAUUCUACUGAUUUGUAUGGCUGUUUAAAGUUUUAUUCAUUCAAACAGUUGGGAAGCCCUCGCUUAUUUUCAAUAUAUAUAUAUAAAAUUAAUUAAAUUGUAGGGUGAGAGGGAGAAGACCGCUAUCUCCCCCUUGUAGGUGCUUUAAAUGCAAGGGGGAAUAUUUUUACAUCUGUUACCAGCAUCAAUAUGCACAGAAUUGACCUACAGAUUGCUAACACCAUGACCACUUCUACAAGCAGAAGUAGUCAUGGUGGUUGGCGUAACCCUUUAAAGUAACUCAGAGACAUAAUGGUCUGAGAUAUAAAAUAAUUACUGCUGUCUUUAGAUGUUUUUCAACUGUAAGUCUCUACUGCUAUUCGAUUGAAAUUCUCAACACUAUUAUUUUAUUGAUUAUAUCAAUACAUUCUUAUAUUAGUUUACAUUUAUUUUGCUCCUAUUAGGGAAUAUCGAAUCAGAGAAAAUAUUGUGUUUCAUGAAAAUGGCACUACCGUGUCAGCGGUUAAUCCAAAAACCUACAUAUUUGAAUCUGACAAGUCUGUGGGAAAUCCUCAAACAGACCUGAUCCGAACACUGAAUAUUCCUGUUGUGGUAAGUUGCGCUGAGAGACGUUCGAAUAAGAGGAACCUCAAACAUAUAGCAUGUUCAUUUAUACUUUGUCGAGCCAAUUAGAUUAGAAUUGCAUUGGGGUUCUUCAUUAAUUGGGACAUAAGUGACAAGGAUAUUUAACAUUUUAGGCUAAAAUAGCAAAGUAAAAAUUUUUGCUGAUUCAGUAUUGUAGCGCGACCUGGGUAACCCGGCUGGUUACUCUCUUUGAUAAUCAUAGGUCAGACCCAUUUAACCCAAGCAGGAGGGGGCAGAGUGACAGAUCACCAUCUCCCGAUACUAACAGAACACAGGGACACACAUGAAUACACAUUACAUACAAGGGGGAUGGGAAGGGGGUACAGGGUUAAAACUUAUAGUGAUGAAUAGCCCUGAGUCCCACCUAAGAUCCCUGCAAAAAGCGAGGCGAUUGGAUGUACAGAGCCCGAGAUAUCAGCGUUGAAAGUCUGGGGCUUGAGGCUUUGUACAUCCCCAGAAUUAGUUCUAUGGUCUUGCUUGGUUUAGCCCGGCGAAUUCAAUCUUCACGCCUAAACCAAGCAGCAACCAAUCAGCCGGAAGGGCGCGAACCAAAUUGAGCCAAUCAGCAUUCGGGGGAGGAAGAAGUUUUGCUGCCCAAUCCGAAGAAAGGGCUCGAAACUCGGCUGCAGCAAUCAGUGCUCAGGGAUGAGAGGGGCUUCGCCGCCCAAACAGUGGAAAGGGAGCGAAACCCUGUUUCAACGGGUGCUGCCGCUCUCAUUGGUCGCCGACGUCCUGCAGUGACCAAUCAGUGCUCACUUGUGCCGACCAACCAGGAGAAUGGCGCGAACCCAGUUUGAAUGGGCGCUCCUUCUCCCAUUGGUCAGCACGGACUUCCACGCAGUGAGCGGAGGCCUGCAGCUGCGAGACGACUCACAGCUCCAGAGAUUCCCUGCUGGUGCGCGUCCCUCUCUCCGGUGGAUCCCACACUUAGGUAUCCACAGGAGAGGGCGUUUGCCUGGGCAUCAAUGAGCCUAGCCUCGUAGCUCCCAGGUUUGAGGGUGACAAGUGAUUAUAGCUCCGUUAGCUAUCCCUGGCACCAGGAUCGAAGACAGUGUACGCAGGCUGGUUUGGGAUUCGAAUGCUCCCCCUGGUGGAUGUUCGGUGAUAUGAACCAAUGGCCACCCAGGGAAAGUACGCGCCGCUCGUUCCCUGGCAGUCUGCGGUUUUCACACCUCGUUAGUGAGGUGUGAACAUUCUAAGUAAACGUUCUAAAUGGAGUUUCAAGGUGGUCCGGCACUUUUCUCGAGAUGAAUGCUCCCCAUCGUGGGCGUUCGUUUAUGCGAACUGACGGCCACCCAGGGGAAGCACGCGCCACUCGUUCCCUAGCGGUCUGCGGUUUUCACACCUCGUUAGCGAGGUGUGAACAUUCUAAGUAAACGUUCAAAAAGGUGUUUUGAAGGAUUUAUAGUCAAAGCUACAGAGAGGCGAAGAUUAAAAAGGGGAAACAUACAUUCUAGGAAGGCACAUCCACACAUGUAAACAAGGGCAAGUUCUUCACAACUCACAAUCUAGUGACUUUUCUGAAUGUGUUUGAUUUAGUACACUGGAAUAGAGGGAUAACCUGCCCCAGGAUGCCCAGCUUAUCAUUAACUUCUGGGUUGAACAGAAUUUAUAGUGAUAAUGUGGACGUGUAAUUUCCACAGUAUCAAGAUCAGUGAAGAGGGGCAGUCUCUGGGUGCCAGAGAGAGACUCAUUUGUUUGUGAUACCAGUCCCAGACAACUUGUAAAAGAAAAAGGAUGUUACCCAUAGACAUCUGGCAGCAUAACCACUAUACUUAGCUGUGGUGAUUAUAUUUUCCCCUUUAAGAGUAAUGGGUUAAAUCAGACAAUACCCAUUUAAGUAUAAAUGAGAAUUCAGAUUUAUUUCUUAAUGGAUGUUUUAUUUAUAUUGCUACUAGAAAGAUAUACUUAUAGGACAGCAGUACGCCUAAAUGGUUUGUAUAAUUAAAAAUGACCCUGUAUGUUUUAAAUCUCUGCUUAAUGAACUGGACUGUGCUAUGGCUUCCACUGAGCCGUGGUAAUAUUUGUUCUUUAUUCAUCUCUUCCCCCUUUUUACAUUAGACAAUAAUGGAAAAGUCCAAAGAUAGUCUCUCUAUAAUAAAGAAAAUAUUUGAAGCGGCACUCAGAAGUACAAAAGAGGGAAUGUUCAUCACUCGUUCGGUUCACGAUUUGCUGUGGGGCUACAGGGACCCAGUUCUUGCUAUAAUUCAUGCCAUAUAUCAAAAUAUUAGUGAAGAUUUUGGUCUGUUCUACCAGGUAAGCUGUAAGCAUAUUUACUGUUCUUAGUUCUUUUUCAACUUAUUUCUUUUCUAUACUGUUAGAUAUAAAUCUCUACUUUGUUACUAGAUGUCAGGUAACAAAUAUGUUACUGUCUCUCAGUAAAUACCACAAUGGAUCCACUCACCACAUAGGUAAAUAAUUUUGAUCAUGAUUGCACUGUGUAUUGAUGAGCAGCAUUACAGCCAUUCCCAUCAGGAAUCGGUACAUGCGUCAUACACACAUAUAUAUUUAUGUCUAUCUAUCUAUCUAUCUCUAUCUGUGUGUGUGUGUGUGUGUGUGUGUGUGUCUAUCUCUAUCUCUCUGUAUUUCUAUCUGUGUGUGUGUGUGUCUCUAUCUCUAUUUUUGUAUGUAUGUGUGUGUGUGUGUGUGUGUGUGUGUAUGUAUGUAUGUGUAUAUAUUUAGAUACAUUUUCAAUUUCUUUAUUAUUAUUUUUAGAGGUAGGGGACAGAACCACCAAAUUUCAAAAGACAAUUGUACUUUUUUUUUUUAAAUAACAGAUGAACGCCACAGGUGAUGGUAAAUAUGAAUAUCUGAGUGGGUCAGCAGACUACAUGGAAUUUACCCAGAUUCUGGAAUGGAGAGGAAGCAAGUAAGAGUAUAGCAUCUUUCAUCUUUGUUUAGAGUCCAGUGGUAAAGAUGUUGCCUUCAAGAAAAACUAUAAUUUAAGUGAUUCUCCUGGCUUACCUGUGCCUAAAAAGCACAUCAUCAUUAGCCAACUUUGGUCAGAAUGACUAAUGGCCAUAGACAAUGCAGUUCACUGAAAGCUAGUGCAUGGUCACAAAUGCUGACAUAAUGUCCAAACACCAGGUAACUCUAAACAUGAUCAUUCAAGUGGUGUGUUGUUUUGCAACACUUGUAAACCAGUGGACAAGUAGUGCAAAGAAACAAAGAAAAUUACCCUUUUAACACUUUAUCUGUAGACAAAAAUACUCAUCAUAUCUUACCCAGUGCAACACAUAAACACAAUAUCUACAGAACAAAUCUAAAAACUAUAUAGUGCAGUAUUGUCUAAAGUUUAGACUCUAAAUAGCAUAGCCGUGGUUUGCCGUGUAGCUUAGACAGUACUGCUCUGUAUAUUUGUUUGUGUAGAUCUGUGGUCUCCAACCCAGUCCUCAUGGACCACCAGUAUACCCAUUUGAAUAAAAAAGGGAAAUGCAUACAUCCAGGACUGGGUUGGUGACCACUGGUGUAGAUAUUGUGUUUAUUUGUCAAAGCAUAUUUAGAGCUGCACUCUUACAGUGCAAGGGUAAGCCAGGAGAUAAUUCUAAAUUAUGUGUGAGCAUUCUAAAUGAAUACACAUAGAUGAGUUAUUACAUGCAGUAGUCUAUUUUUUACAUGCAAAGGUUGGAUUAGGUGGGAUUGGGCCAUUCCUACUUUGUCAUGCCCUCCUUUAACAUUAUGAUUUUUUUUUCUUUACUGUUUAUCAGAUCGCUUGAGUGGUGGACAUCUGACACGUGUAAUAUGAUUAAUGGAACAGAUGGUACCUCCUUUCAUUCACUGGUAGACAAAGAUGAUACUAUUUACAUAUUUUCAUCAGACCUGUGCAGGUAGGGAGCGUUGUGUACUUGGUUUUGGCUUCAAUUACUUUGUUUGAGAACAAAAAGGAUGCAAAAAAAUUUGACCUAAAUAUUACAGUGUACAAAGCAUAAAGAUUGUCAGAGCACGAAUCAAAUUCCUAUGAUGUACUAGUGUUAAGGACAACUCAAUCCAAUGACUUGGACUUUCCAGACUUCAAUCUUAUAAUCCCUAGAACUUGUAUGGAGAUUUAGAGGCAGCUUCCAGGUAUAAUCCACCAUAUAUAGAAAGUAUAACAGAUACAUACAUUGCUAGGCACUUAUAACUGUUUAAAGAUUGGAUUUACUAGUAGCCAGAAUAAGCCAAAAAUAUUAAAAUAGCAUAUUUAAAAAACAUAUCAAUAUUAAAAAAAAAAAACUAUCAACAUAUUACAGCCAUUUGGAAGGCUUAAAAAUACAAUAUUAAAGUGAAGCAUUUGUUUCUGUAAUGUAAGUGUAACUUGGCCCAACUCUAUUCAUAAAUGUCCCAUUGUUAUAGGAUUCAUUGUGAACUGACCCUCUCAGCCAAUGAAUAAUGUCCAACAUCAUACAAAAUUGGUAUACUAAUGUGGAAGUAUAAUCUUCUGCAUUAGUACAGCUGUGCAGGCUAGAAGAACCUGUGAGACUUUGGUACCCUAUGUGCAAUUUAUUUUGUGCUCCUAUCCUGACACAAAUGUGCAUUUUUUUAAAAAACUUUUUUUUUUGUAAUGCAAAUAGAAAUUUUAAUGUAAAGCCAUGUGCAUAUUGUUAUUUAUCAGAAAAACAUUUGUAGAAAAAUAUUUGAGUACAUAAUCAGAUAAGAGCAGGUCAUACAGGGAGUGCAGAAUUAUUAGGCAAGUUGUAUUUUUGAGGAUUAAUUUUAUUAUUGAACAACAACCAUGUUCUCAAUGAACCCAAAAAACUCAUUAAUAUCAAAGCUGAAUAUUUUUGGAAGUAGUUUUUAGUUUGUUUUUAGUUUUAGCUAUGUUAGGGGGAUAUCUGUGUGUGCAGGUGACUAUUACUGUGCAUAAUUAUUAGGCAACUUAACAAAAAACAAAUAUAUACCCAUUUCAAUUAUUUAUUAUUACCAGUGAAACCAAUAUAACAUCUCAACAUUCACAAAUAUACAUUUCUGACAUUCAAAACAAAACAAAAACAAAUCAGUGACCAAUAUAGCCACCUUUCUUUGCAAGGACACUCAAAAGCCUGCCAUCCAUGGAUUCUGUCAGUGUUUUGAUCUGUUCACCAUCAACAUUGCGUGCAGCAGCAACCACAGCCUCCCAGACACUGUUCAGAGAGGUGUACUGUUUUCCCUCCUUGUAAAUCUCACAUUUGAUGAUGGAUCACAGGUUCUCAAUGGGGUUCAGAUCAGGUGAACAAGGAGGCCAUGUCAUUAGAUUUUCUUCUUUUAUACCCUUUCUUGCCAGCCACGCUGUGGAGUACUUGGACGCGUGUGAUGGAGCAUUGUCCUGCAUGAAAAUCAUGUUUUUCUUGAAGGAUGCAGACUUCUUCCUGUACCACUGCUUGAAGAAGGUGUCUUCCAGGAACUGGCAGUAGGACUGGGAGUUGAGCUUGACUCCAUCCUCAACCCGAAAAGGCCCCACAAGCUCAUCUUUGAUGAUACCAGCCCAAACCAGUACUCCACCUCCACUUUGCUGGCGUCUGAGUCGGACUGGAGUUCUCUGCCCUUUACCAAUCCAGCCACGGGCCCAUCCAUCUGGGCCAUCAAGACUCACUCUCAUUUCAUCAGUCCAUAAAACCUUAGAAAAAUCAGUCUUGAGAUAUUUCUUGGCCCAGUCUUGACGUUUCAGCUUGUGUGUCUUGUUCAGUGGUGGUCGUCUUUCAGCCUUUCUUACCUUGGCCAUGUCUCUGAGUAUUGCACACCUUGUGCUUUUGGGCACUCCAGUGAUGUUGCAGCUCUGAAAUAUGGCCAAACUGGUGGCAAGUGGCAUCGUGGCAGCUGCACGCUUGACUUUUCUCAGUUCAUGGGCAGUUAUUUUGCGCCUUGGUUUUUCCACACGCUUCUUGCGACCCUGUUGACUAUUUUGAAUGAAACGCUUGAUUGUUCGAUGAUCAUGCUUCAGAAGCUUUGCAAUUUUAAGAGUGCUGCAUCCCUCUGCAAGAUAUCUCACUAUUUUUGACUUUUCUGAGCCUGUCAAGUCCUUCUUUUGACCCAUUUUCCUAAAGGAAAGGAAGUUGCCUAAUAAUUAUGCACACCUGAUAUAGGGUGUUGAUGUCAUUAGACCACACCCAUUCUCAUUACAGAGAUGCACAUCACCUAAUAUGCUUAAUUGGUAGUAGGCUUUCGAGCCUAUACAGCUUGGAGUAAGACAACAUGCAUAAAGAGGAUGAUGUGGUCAAAAUACUCAUUUGCCUAAUAAUUCUGCACUCCCUGUAUGUAACAGAAUUAACUCACAUUCUUUCAUUGAUUAACAUAACAUUUUAAAUAGCAGAAUUUGAGCAUUCAAAUGUGCAUUUUUUCUAUAAUUCUAUUGUUCAUCCAAAUCAUGAAGUAAACAGAGAACAGGAUAUUUUAUAGGCUAUAGGCUGAGAUGUAACUCUGGUCUUGAAUAGGAUGAUAGUUUAGCUCCCCUUUAGUUUACAGUUGAAUGAUGCUUGAGUUCUCCCUUAGUAAAAUAUUUGGAUAGUUUUUUAGUUCACCUUUAGUAUUACGGUUACACAGUAUUUGAAAUCACAUUUAGUAUUACAACUGGAUGGUAUAUGAGAUCACCUUCUCUUUUUCAGAACAUUGCCCACAGUUUAUGAAAGUAGCAGAACGGUGAAAGAUAUCCCAGUGUAUCGAUUUGCUCCUUCCCAGAAUACAUUUGCCAAUGUGUCUGUGAAUCCUGAUAAUGCAGGUUUCUGUGUACCAGCAGGCAAUUGCCUUCCAUCUGGCCUACUAAAUGUCAGCAAAUGCAAGCAAGGUAUGAUAUUGCUUAACAGAAAAUAUGAUGAUGUUUUAACCCAUUGGGUAAAAAGUCUAACAUAUUAUAGUUCAAACUAGUUUUUCACACAGACAGUGAAACUAAAGUUAAGGGAAACCGCCAGUCACCAUAACCAUAACAGUAUGCCCUCCUCCCAAUUGUUAAACCAUGUUAGAAUGACUUCUUAUCUGGCAUCUGCUGGGCGCCUAUAAAGCUCCUAUAAGGAGCUAGAAGCUGAUUACUCUCAGCCACUGAGCUAAGCCUUGCACCACUUAGUAGAGAACUUCUACUUCUCUGUGGGAAAUAGUGGAGGCAGGGAGUGGACCCCAGGUAACAAGUGUAUUUGUUCUGAACAGGUUUGACUCAUAAUGGAGUAUAUACACUGAUACAUGCACACAUAUACAAACUAUGGGCAUACAUACACACACUGACACACAAAGACUUGGCCGACAUACAGUCACAGUGUUUGUCUAAUGGUAUAUCUGGCUGUGUGCUUUUUUGACUGACUCUAUCUUUGAGUCUGGCACUAGGUACUUAUGUAUGUGCCUGAUAGUGUGGGUAUGAAUGUAUGUCUCUGUGUCUGGGAAUAUAUGUGCGUGGGGUGGCUGCUUGUGACCUUGAUUUGUGUUUUGUGUAAAUGGCUAUGCUGUGUUUUGUGUGCGAAGUAAGGGAUACAGAAAUUUCAGAUGAAAUUUCAACCUUGUUAUUCCUCCUCAGUGAGGCACAACUGAUACCGUUCCAGGCACAGUGAGCAAUGGGUCCAUGGCUAGUUUACCAUAGGGAGAGUAAACAGUAUGCAAGACAAUACUGAGCACGGACAACAGCUCAAAUAACUUGCCCUUCGGUGGGUCUCUGCUUAGUUCACAUGCAGAUUUUAGCUAAUCUUGUUCCAUUACAGAGAGAAUCUAAACCAUUGCCUAUCAAGCUGAACCCACGCACAGGGGCAAUACAAAUCCAAAAUGCAAGCUGACUUCCUCUACAUCAGAGAUUCAGCAACCGCAGACGAUCAUUUCAGCCUUGUUAGGUUACAUCAGUGAACAGCAGAGCUUGCGCUAUAAUUUUAGCACCAACUCUGCUGACUGGGACCCUAAAAAGGGGCAUAUUGCAAAUUACAUUUGUAUGCAUUAAAGAUACUUUGCUUACAAUCUUAAAAAUUGUGUAUACACAAUUCUGGAGAAUGGUUCUAUGGUAAUUGUGUAUAUGCAAUACCCUUAGUGAAGGGUGUUAAUAACUGCAAAUCUGUAGGGAGUGAUGCUUUAUCAUUAGAUGGGGAAAAGGGGUAAAUACUGCUUGAGUUUUCAACCUUUUAUAUAUGCAGAAACAUUCCCUUUUCUAAUGGCUACAAAUGUAGCAUAGACAUGUUUUACUCUUCUGAUGGUGGUUUGAAAUGAGUUUAACAAUUGUUUUGAUCCUUACGAUGACUUCAUGCAAAGGCAAACUAUUCUGGGCAGCUGAUUGUGUUCUGAUUCAUGGGAUGCAAAGCAGAACUGGCACACAUAUCAUUUUAAGAUUUCUCGCCCGGUACCAAACCAUCAGUAGAUCACCCCCAAAUCCCUGAUAACAAAAGAAAAUACCAGAAACACAAAAAAAAAAACCAAAACAUAGACAUUUUAAUCCGGAUCACAGAGUGACUUUUCCAGCCCCAGAUAAAGGCCCAUUCCUGGGGGUGAAACAUUGCCACUCUGAUCAGGAAGUGUCUCUGUGUUACAUGAUUUGGGAUUUGGUCUUUUCUUUUUCUAUGCAAAGUGGAACUACUUGCUGUGGGAGAAACACCAUGCAGUACUUACAGUUGUGGCUUUGUCGGCUUUGCUGCCAACCUGGAAAAAUAUAUGAAAAUAAACACUCACUACACAUCUUGCUAUACAAAUACUUCCCAAAUUUGCAGCUCUACAGAAAAAUACUGCUUCUUUACAUUUGUGUAAUGAAUGACCAGUAAACCUAAAAUGGAGGUACAGGUGUCAGCAGUAUGAGGUGAGAUAACACAAACUUCUGUAUUGAUUCAGCAGGAAUAUCCAUCAGACUAUCAGGAGUUAAAACCUCCAAUAAAAGGAAACGUACACAUAGUGUAACAUUAAAAAUAUAAAAGCCUUUUAAUAAAAUGCCAAAACAAACUCACAUGUAAAAACAUAAAACAUUGUUGGUAAGUUUGCUGCCGUGACUCCUGACAGUGCUGGUGUAAUGUUGUACAAUAAUUGGAAGACUGCAAUAUUUUAUUAAUAAAUGCUGCAGGGGUGAAGAUACCUAUAAAGAUAAGCCUUAAUGACAAAUGAUUUUAGGCACUGCGUAUGUUGGAUGACAUUGUUGAUUUGCUAUGAGUAAAAGCUGAUCAUGCGUUGUGACGGUGGGGUUGACUUCAAUAAGGAAAAUAUUGAAUUCUAGCUCUUAACUAAUGAGAAGAUGAAAAUAACAUAUGCUAAAAAUACUAAAAAUAAGCAUUAGGGGGUGACAAAUAAGGUAUUGGUAUACUGAGAUCUGUGAGGAAGGAUACUGUCCUAAAAGCCUAUAACACUAGUCUCUUCAGAUGUUAUUGUUUUGUUUUUUGUCUUUAUAUGUAAUAUAAUUGACUUUGUAAAAGUCAGACCUGGAGAAAAAGACCUCAAAUAGAACCAGUGUCUACUUCUUUUAACAGGUGCUCCAAUUAUACUUUCGUCCCCACAUUUUUACCAAGCUGAUGAAAGUAUCGUUAAGAGUAUAAACGGCAUGAAUCCCAAGAAAGAGAAUGAUGAAACGUUUUUGGAUAUCAAUCCGGUAAGAUUGUGUAAUAUCGACAUUAUAUUCUACUGUAUACAGUGUGUGCCAAAAUUCAGAGUAGGGUUUGAGGAGCCAAAAACUUUUAUUAAUGAACCAAUUUCAAUGAUAUUACACACAAUGAAUGAUUAACGUAUGGUGAUUUGACUAGGUACCAAAGCUCCAUUUGCCACCAUGCACACUCUGCCUCUUUCUAUUGCAUUGUAACCAUGUAUUUUUAGACCUGCUACCAUACAAAAGGUAAGUUGUCCUAUUUAAAGGAUCAUGUGUAUACACCAUAACAACUCUGCAUCAUUAUUUUGGUGACUCCAAUCUGUAGAUAACAUUUUGAUAAUGUUCAGCAGGUGCAUGCAGUAUAGGCUAGAUAAGUAAUAUGAUGCCAAUAAUAAGCUUAACAGCACCCAAUAAAAGCAGUAUGAGUAACACAGUCAAAGGUAAAAGUACAAUAAAGCUAUAGCCUGCUAUAGUUGCCAAACAUGAUAGUACAUCACAAACAAAUGGGAGAACCACACUUUAUAUUUUUCUUUGACUUGCCGGGUUAAAGCUGAAUAAAUAUUCCUUUGACUAUCAUAUAUCUUGCUUUAAUGAUUCCGUAUAUCCUGCUUUAGUAAUUGAAGCUAGAGACAGAAGAGGCGUCUGUCCAAGUUAUACAUACGAAGUUGGAUAGCAGACAUAGAAGUAAAAUACCUCCUGUAUACUGUAUAGUUCUGUAUACAACUACAUCAUACUUCUAUAUAUAACGACAACAUACAGCUAUUUUAAUUUUCCGGGAUUUGCCGUGUACAUAAUUUAGAUAUUAUGCUAUCUGUGCCACAGGAUUCUAGACACAAUCUAGACCCCUAAAGUUUUAGUUUGCAGAAACAUUUUAUGUGAAGAGUGUGUCAUUGGAGGCAAUUUAGUCUCUUGGCAAAUCUGAGUGUUUUUAAUCUAUUUCAAAUAAAGUAUAGUGUUUUAACAGAGAACACUAUGGUAUGUGGUUUUCCACUUUUCAAAUGCUCAUGCUAAGAAGUUUCGAGACUGAUACCUUGUUUCACUACCUAAUUUGUGGUUAGAAGCGAAUUUUUAUGUUUUGGGAACCUCUGUACCAUUUUUUAUAGUGAUUCACAGAAUACUACCAGUAGAAUGUUGAACAGCAAUGUGCUUUUAUUUUAGCUACAAUGAAAUUCAUUGUGUAGCACUAGGCACAGCUUGCUACACAAUGGAUCAGUAUUUCAUUAGCCUUACUGUUUUAAAACUUGCUAUUGGGACUUGAUUUUUCCUGCAUUUAUCAAGUUUAAAAAAAUAAAUAUAUACGUAUUAUUGUGUCAUUUGGUUAUAUCAGCUCCUGGUCUCGUGUGCAGUUGUUUUACUGAUAAUUUUUUGUUUGUUUUGUAUGGUAUCCUUAGGACCAUUAUUCAGAGAGAUAUUUAGUUUUGUCAUUUUCUUGUGUCUUCCCAAUAGUAGAUAGUGUUUUUUUUGUUUUGUUUUUCCCCUAACGUUUCAUUACUGAGGUGGGAUUGCAUUGUUUCUGGUGAUGUCCCCCUGUUGAUAAUGUUGGUAGAAAUAUAUUUGAUUUAUGACAAUUUUACCCCUUCAUCAAGCCUCGACUGAUAUUUUGGGAACCACUAUAAUUCAGUUAUAGUUCAUUUGUUUUCUUUUUUGUAUCUUUAAAACUCAAUUAUUUUCAAUGCAUCAGUCUUUAUUAUUAUCUAAUAUAAAGGCAAGAUGUUAGAUACUUGAGAUGUUCGUUUGCAUGUAUGUACAAAUACACACAUCUACACUAAUAUAUAUACAAAUACACACAUCUACACUAAUAUAUAUAUCUACACAUACACACAUCUACACUAAUAUAUAUAUAUAUAUAUGUGUAGAUUGGAUUAGCCGUAUUAGUCCAGUAGACAAGAUGCAAUACGCUAUCUAUCUAUCUAUCUUUCUAUCUAUGUAUAUGAUUUUAAAUAUCAAGACACAAUCAUUUGUUUCUUAGCAGGUCCUAAAAUUAGGUAAAUACAACCUCAGAUGAACAACACAUGAUUUAUUUAACAACAAAUAAAGCCAAAAUGAAGAAGCCAUGUGUGAAAAAUCUAAGUACAACUUAUGAUUCAACAGCUUGUAGAAUCACCUUUAGCAGCAAUAACGUGAAGUAAUCAUUUCCUGUAAGACUUUAUCAGUGUCUCACAUCCUUGUGCAACUAUUUCGAUGCACCCUUCUUUACAAUGUUGAUUCAAUUCAUUGAGGCUUGCUGGCAUUUGUUUUUGCACAGCUCUCUUAAGUUCCCGCCACAGCAUUUCAAUUGGAUUGAAGUCUGGACUUUGACUAGGCCAUUGCAACACUUUGAUUCUUUUCUUUUUAAGCCAUUCUGUUGUAGAUUUGCUGGUGUGCUAGGGGUCAUUGUCCUGUUGCAUGACCUAAUUUCAGUCAAGUUUAAGCUGUCGAACAGAUGGCCUCACAUUUGGCUCUAGAAUACUUUGGUAUACAGAAGCGUUCAUGUUUGACUCAAUGACUGCAAGGUUCCCAGGUCCUGUGGUUGCAAAACAAGCCCAAAUCAUUAACCCUCCACCACUGUACUUGACAGUUGGUAUGAGGUGGUGGUGUGCAUCAUGGCCAAACAUCUCCACUUUGGUCUUGUCUAUCCUAAGGACAUUUUUCCAGAUGUCUUGUGGUUUGUUCAGUUGCAACUUUGCAAACCUAAGACGUGCUGUCUCUUUAGAGAGAAGAGGCUUUCUCCUGGCAACCCUUCCAAUGGAGAGCCUCAAUAAUACAUUUUUCCAUAAAAGAAAUACUAAUUUUUAUUUUGCGAAAAACAAAAUUGUAGUGAAUUAAAAACCAAACUGCAAGAGUUAGGCUGAAACAUCCAUACUGUGACCACUGGCGUACAUACUGCGGUCACAGGGGUCGCGGCUGCGACCGGGCCCGGCCACCCUGCGACCCGGUAUGUACACCAGUGUGGCCACAUUUUGCCAGCCUCUUCUCCUGGGGGUGGCAACCCGGUAUGUAUGCCAAUGUGGCCAUAUUUUGCCAGCCUCGUCUCCUGGCAGUGGCGUCACUUUGCCAGCAGGAUGGCGGGUGCGCGAGGGAGCACUCUCCUCUGAGCGCUCUCUGCCCAGCUCCCUUGCGCACUGCACUGAUGCCGGAGCCGGAAUAUGACAUAAUUCCGGCUCCUGCAUCAGUAAGCGGUGCAUGAGGGAGCUGGGCAGAGAGCGCUCAGGGAAGAGUGGUCCCUUGCCGCCUGCAGGACCGGCUGCAGGGCAGCCCCACUGGACCCCAGGGAAUCCCCUCAGCACUCCCAAAGGUAGGGACUCAGCUCACUUCAUUGAGCUGAAGUGAUCUGAGUGCCCAUAGUGGUCCUUUAAGUGUAUGUGUAUCAUGCACCACGGUUGCAGGGGUCGCAGCCCCGCGACCAGGUGCCCGCCGCCAUGUGUAGCAGCCUCGGCCCGCACAGAGUAAGCGCCAGGGGGGCCCACGGAUCAAUUUUCGCACCGGGGCCCCAUGGAUCCUAAUUAGAAGCUGUAACUAUAGUGGAAUUUGAGAUAGCUAAAUUGGUGAAUAACCAACUAUUUCCUACAUUUAGUAAUGUAUUUUUCAAUUAAUUACUAUUCAAUUCUUAUCAGUUAAACCUCAUAUUCUAUGUGUUUAUACAUGCAGUGGUAGAUGUACAAGAGUAUCAUACAUAUCACAAAUUCUGGAAUAUCUUUAUCCUAAUUAUUAUUUGAUUGGUGCAGUGUGUUGAUUUGCCAUACAUGCACACUAGCCUCCCAAUGCUUUUCUAUCGGGAAGUAUUGGAAUGGCUGAGAGCAUCAAGGUUGUAAGUAAAUAUACUUAAAAACCUCUGCCCACUCCUGCUUUUAGAAGUGGUCAUGGAGCAAGGAAUCUGUAUAUGCAGCGUUUCUUCUUGAAAUGUUGCACGUACAGCGAUAUCUGCACCUUUGAGCCAGGGGCCAGUUACACCCCUGUCUCAGAGAUGUGGUCAGCCUGGAACUCUGUCCUGGGCUGCCUAAUAUCAAUUCUGUGCAAAAAAGUAUGUCUGGGGUCAGCUCUCAGUUUGCACUGGCAGGAGAUGUAAUCAUCGUCUUCACUUUCAGGCAGUGCUGGUGGCACGCCUGCAAGGUGAAACCCUCCCUCCCAUUCACAUUAUUAAAUUGAUCCCUCCCUCCAUUCUAAUUUACUUGUUGUGGGGUUACUUGCACAGACUACUUGGAUAAUUUGUUUAUUCUUUAAUUUUGUCGCUAUUGGAAAAAAGACAUGGACAGUUUGGUGGAGGAGUGAUGGGGAUAUGGAAAAAAUAUUUUUUUUAAUUCUUUUUUUUUGUAGUGCACGCAUAUAUUACAGACAGGCUUGAGGUACCCUGAAGGCAAUCCUCAGGCUUUUCCCACGCGAGCAUGCGGGGUGUAUUUUUAACUGGCACAAUUUUUUAUUUUAUCAGGCUUAAGAAACAUAGCUUUAAAGUAUCGAUUUACAUGUAGUUAUACAUAUUAUGCAAACAUGUUUGGUUCAUGCAUUAACUGUGGUAAUUAGUAACAUGCUAGAACUGGAUAGAUUAUUUCCAUGUGAGAGGUACGAUUUUAGUGUAUAUGCUAGCAAACUGGGCUUAUGCUGUAGAGACAGGCAUAUUACAGGUAAUGAUAGAGACCUCGAUAAGUGUGCAUUAGCACAGAGACAGAUUUACUAGACAAGGUUAAGGUUAUUGAGGCGUAUACUUAGCGUAUUCAUUUCUGUUAGUUAUCUUAGCUGAAAUAUUAAACUUAAUAUUGACCAUGACUAGCUUUCAAGCUUUCACCAAAGUCAACGUUUGUUAGGUAAUGUAAUACAGUAACCAGGGUUUAAACGACUUAAAACAUAUUGUAACAUAAAUUUAACAUAAGAAUCCCUGGUAGCUUUGCUUAUCUGCAUGAGAAAGAGUCCUCGGCAGUCCAGGGUUAUGCACAACAGCCGUGCAGGUGAUGGCGACCGUCGUCCCUGUGAGGUGUGAAGCAGGUCGGUAAAAAUCAGCGGAUUGGGAGUUCGUGUUGCAGCACCGGAAACCUUCCCCCUUGCUCAUAUGGGGUAUGUAGGUCUUAGUCCCCAGGGUGGUCUGUAAUCAGCCAACGCCUGCUCUGUGGGGCCGUUGGAGUUGUGUGGGUGCUGCUCAGGCCAGGGGACGUGAGCCCAUUGUGGGUACAGUCCCAGUGCCCCUGCUGAUUCUCUGUGUAUCGUUUGGGGGGUGAGUUUUGGUAGCCUCCCGGUUAACGUGGUGGGCAGUGGCUUUUUCUGUUCUCUCUCGUCGGGUCCUUUCCAAAGCCCAUGUGGGGUGUUCGCCGCUCUGAAUGCUCCCACCUUCGUGAGCGUGAGCCUGGGAGGUGGCAAGUUCUGCCUGAUGGUCGGUGGUUUCAGACACCGUAGGGUGGUGAGCGGGUCCGGCGAGGUGGGUGGUCCCCCAUUGGUGUGUGCUCGAGCGGGUGCUGGUGCCCGGGCGGGUGUCUGCAUAGUUGGCGUCGGAUUGUAGGGCGAAUCCAUGACGCUGCUUGUUUCAACGCUAGCGUAAAGAUCCGGCCUUUGGUAUGGAGUUCUGUCCAGAGGCUAGCGCCAAGCCGGUCAAAGAACUCUAGAGUAUGUGUUGGUGGCUUAAUGUGGGUUCUCCCCAUCCCAGCCGCCAUCUUGGUUAGGCCCUGGCAUUUCUGCCUGUCUGUGGGCUUUGUCGCUUGAUUGGGGGUGAUCGUCCCCAGCGAGGACCGGGAUAACCCCCGCCGGUCCGGGGGGGGGGGGGCAACAGGGCAUUGCGUGCUUCUCGUUUGUGAGCAGGUCCCUUGCCGGGUGAUCGGCCGCCUCCCCCAUGCUGCAGGCUCUGCUUCGUUUUAGGCUGCAUGGCCGGUUCAGGCUUUUGUGGUGCAGAUCGGCGCGGGACAGGUAUCAUUUUGUUCCCUGCUAGGUCCUAUGUCACAUUCCAAGCUCCUUAAGUUUCUGGCUUCUGUUGUUUGGACAGGAUUAGUGGGAUUGUGUCUGCUGGUGCUGGAGCUUUCCAAAAUCACGUCCGGCCAUCUUGGCUAUCAGGCCCCGCCCCCGGGAUAUGGACAUUUUGUAUAGGCGAUGAGUGUAAGAAAGAAUAAGAGAUGGGGACAAUUUUGGUGGAAAGGGAGGCACAACCAAAGGUUGGCCCCGCACAGCUUCACCUAUGGUCUACAUAUUUCUAUUCAUGCAUUUUCCCACAUGAUCAGCAAUAAAAAAAAGACACAGUUAUGUAUAUUUGCCCAGGAAUCUCUCCAUGUGGGGGAAGGAAGAGGGUGGAUGUGAGGGAAAAAAGUGCAAUCCCACCUACUGGGAUUCAGAAAUGGAUGGUCGUCUGUACUGAAGUCAGCUGGGUUUCUUGUUUUUGGGCAAGGAGGAAAUUGGAUACAUUGCACUCUGCUUGAAGAAGAAUGCAUACUAUUAUACGCCAAGUGAAAGCCAGAAAGGUCCCUGGUAUAUUCUUAUUCCUUUAAUCUUAAAUAUUUCCAUUUUUUGGGGAGGCGGAGUGGGGUUAGGGUGAAGUGGGAUGGAAAAUAUUCCUUUCAUAACUGUGCUUUUAAAUUCCAUGGAAGAAAGGUUAUGGGGCUCCUUUGAAAGGAAGUGUUUUGCAGUAAUAAUAAACUUUCACCCCCUUUUUCUGACUUAUUGUCAUAAGGUAUAGAAAUGAUUAAUAACAAAGCCUGGUAUGUCCUUUUCACAAAGUCACGCUAUUUCCUUCCCUAAUUUCCUCCCACCUCAAAACUAUGUUAACUAAAGGUUGCACUCAAUUUGGCCUUCACUCAAAUGUUGUUUUAAAUUUUUCAUCAACACAUUGUCCGAAUUUUAAAUUUAAAGGGAACACUCCAGCUCCAGUUCAUUCCAAUGUAAAUGUAUUUUCUAGAUAAUGCAAUUUAAAGAAAAUCAAGCAAAAUAGAAAUAAUUUAAAUAAGUAUAUGCUCGCAUUAGAUUUAACAUUACGCAUUUUCUACUUUUUUUUUUCAAUUCUUUAUUUUUGUUGUGGAAUUAAGCAUACAUCAGUAAGUGAAAUAUUUAGGUAUUUGUAAUCCACAUUUUGUUUGCAUUUUGUUUUUAGUAACUAAGUGCAUUGUGCACAGGCAAUAACCAACAAUAGAAAACAUGCGAUAACAGAACAUGUCCUAGGCUAAUAAAAAGCAUUUGUAUAUGAAAUAAUGCAUCGCUCUGGGGCCAUUGGGAGAAUUCUAGAGAGAACUUCUCUGAGCUGUGGUACAUGCUCAAGCAAUGUGGCUCCAGUGUCUGUGGUAUGAGCAAGCUGAUAUUUAGAAGGGGGGAGUGAAAAAGUAUAAUGCUGACUAUAAUGUGGGGAGAAUAUGACCAACGUAUUCGCUGUCAAGGCAAUCAGUGAGGUGACUACCGCAGAAGCUGAAUGGGAGGCCUGCCAUUAUCCCAGACAUGGGUAGCGCUAUAACCUGUGUAGACAGGGAAUAUGCAGCCCUGUCUCGAGGCCACUGUGGCCAUGAUGUCAACCAACACCACGUCUAUCUUGAGGGCAUCCUAGAGGGUGGAGUGAUAUCCCUUUAUUGUGUCUGAGUAGUUGCAGUUACAUAUAAGAAAAUAAAAAGUAUCAAAAGGAAACCUAUAACAAAUUAGUUCUACAAAUGCAGUGGCUCGGUGAAUUGCAAAUCUACGACUUGUAGCAUGUAUCAAGCCUGGGAUAAUGGCGUGCAUCCUGACUAUUCAUGCAGCAACUAACAAGCCUAAGGAUGUGACAUACAUUGCCACAAUAAGAACAGAAACUUAAGCAAUAACAUCUAUAGAGAAUGGGCCAGAGGGGCACAACACAAAAGGAAUGCCAGAUGGAUACAUUUCUGUUGAUUCAGUUGACCGGGCCCACAGCAGAGGUAGAAGGACCUUCCAGCAGCUUGAUUGGGGUGAUGUUCUCCACAUUCCAUUAUAUAUAUUAUAAUAUUCUGAGGCCUGUCCCUUAAAUUAUCUGCUGGUGGAAGUAAGCCCAGUGUAAAAUAGAAGUUAUGACCUUCUGUUGGAGAAUAAAGCUUGUGGAUUGUCAUAUCCAUUAACAUGUAGGAAGCGUGGUUUGCCCCAGUGAUAUGGAAUAUUUUUGCCCUGUAGUACUCCAGUGACAGAGUGCAUUAACUGCCUCCAUAGCAUGGAAGGACUAGACAGGUCGGUGUAAAAUGUCAGAGUGUGUUGCUCAAAGGCCAAAGUGGGUGACUUUCUGAUCUCCGCCAUAACUGCCAUCUUGUCUAGAUGUGUGACAAACUGUACUAUAACAUCUCUGGAUGUCUGCUGUGAUGGCCGGCCCUGCGUGCAGAUCUUGUAGAAGUUGUCUAUGAGUAUGCGUUUAGCCUGCUUGUGAGGUAGUGAGGAAGUGUUGUAACAGGCAUCUCAGAAAAUAUGUCAGCUUCGUCUGAUCUACUGUAUGAGGGUAAUCCUGAUUUUAAUAUUUUUACGGCAGCUGAGACCUUUGUAUUCUGCUAGCCAGUGCGCCAUAUUCGAUUGGGACAGAUUGAUCUUCAGCAGUAAUUGAGGUCUGCCCAGCGUUAAGUUGUGAGGAGUACUCUUCUGUGAUUUUAAUCCUCCCUGUGAGCGUAAACAUGUCUUCACGCAGGAUCAAUAAGUCUGCCUUGAACAUAGCACAGAUGUAGCAUUUUGAUAUUGCUCUUGGUGGCUGGAGUGUUGGCUUCCUCGUCCGAGGAAAAUGCAGUAGUGGGGAUAUCAUCCAAGGUAUCUAGGGAGGGUUCCUCCAUGGACGACGAGUCCUCCACUUGUUGCUGGGCCAUCUUUUACUUUUACUGCAAGUUGCUGAGAAUUCUCCACCAAUCCUAGUCCUCCUGUUUGUAAUGGGUGCACUGAGAAUAAUUCUUAGUUACAUAGUCACAUGUGUUCCUCAAGUUCAGCCUUCCUCACAUCUGUUUUUUGCUGUUACAUAGUUUCAUAGCUGAAAAGAGACUUACGUCCAUCAAGUUCAGCCUUCCUCACAUUUGUUUUUUGCUGUUGAUCCAAAAGAAGGCAAAAAACCCAGUUUGAAGCACAAUUUUGCAACAAGCUAGGAAAAAAAUUCCUUCUUGACCCAAGAAUGGCAGUCAGAUUUAUCAUUGGAUCAAGCAGUUAUUACCCUACAUUGAAAGAUUAUAUCUUUGAAUAUUCUGUUUUUGCAAGUAUGCAUCUAGUAGCUGUUUGAACAUCAGUAUGGACUCUGAUAAAAACCACUACUUCAGGCAGAGAAUGCCACAUCCUUAUUGUUCUUACAGUAAAAAAACCUUUCCUUUGCCUUAGACGAAAUCUUCUUUCUUCCAGUCUAAACGCAUUACCUUGUGUCCUAUGUAAAGUCCGGUUUGUGAAUAGAUUUCCACACAAUGGUUUGUAUUGGCCCUGAAUAUAUUUGCAUAAUGUUAUCAUAUCCCCUCUCAGGCGAUGUUUUUCUAAACUAAAUAGGUUUAAAUGUGUUAACCUUUCUUCAUAGCUGAUAUAUUCCAUUCCUUUUAUUAAUUUUGUAGCCCGCCUCUGCACUUUUUCUAGUGCCAUAAUAUCCUUCUUUAGAACAGGUGUCCAAAAUUGCACAGCAUAUUCAAUAUGUGGUUUUACCAGUGAUUUAUAAAGAGGCAAAAUUAUAUUCUCGUCCCGAGAAUGAAUGCCCUUUUUCAUGCAUGACAAUACCUUACUGGCCUUGGCCACUGCUGAUUGACAUUGCACAUUGUUGCAUAGUUUGUUGUCUAUAACAAUUCCCAAGUCCUUUUCAUGUGUUGUUAUCCCUAAUUCGCCUCCAUUAAGGGUAUACGUUGCUUGUGUAUUCUUUACGCCGAAGUGCAUAACUUUGCAUUUUUCAACAUUAAAUUUCAUCUGCCAUUUGAGUGCCCAGUCCCCCAGUCUAUCUAAAUCCCUCUGCAGCAAAGUAAUAUCUUGCUCACAUUGUAUUACUUUACAGAGUUUUGUGUCAACUGCAAACACUGAAACAUGACUUUCAAUGCUGUUUUCAAGAUCAUUUAUAAAAAUGUUAAAUAGAAGGGGUCCCAGAACAGACCCCAUAGGGACACCACUUGCCACCUCUGUCCAGCUUGAAAAUUUUCCAUUAAUAACAACUCUUUGUACUCUGUUUUUUAGCCAAUGUUCUACCCAAGAACAAGCAUUUUCAUCUAGACCGUUAAUCCAAAAGAAGGCAAAAGACCCAUUUUAAAGCACUUCCAAUUUUGCAACAAACUAGGAAAAAAAUAUUUCUUGACCCCUGAAUGGUAGUCAAAUUUAUCUUUGGAUCAAGAAGCUAUUACCCUACAAUUAAAAUAAAUAAAAUUAUAUAAUUGAAAAUGUUUUCGCAAGUAUGCAUUGCUGUUUAAACAGACUCUGAUAAAAACCAAUUCCUCAGGCAGAGAAUUCCACAUCCUUAUUGUUCUUAGUAAAAAAAAAAAAAAACCUUUAAUUUACCUUAGGUUAAAUCUCCUUUCUUCCAGUCUAAACACAUGAUCUUGUGUCCUAUUUAUAGUCCUGUUUGUGAAUAGAUUUCCAGACAAUGGUUUGUAUUGGCCUCAGAUAUAUUUGUAUAAUGUUAUCAUAUCCCCUCUGAGUCGCCGUUUUUCUAAAUUAAAGAGGUUUAAAUUUGUUAAUCUUUCUUCAUAACUAAAAUGUUUCAUUCCUUUUAUAUGCACAGCAUAUUCAAGAUGUGGUCUUACUAGUGAUUUAUAAAGAGGCAAAAUUAUAUUCUCAUCCUGAGAAUUAAUGCCCUUUUUAAAUACAUGGCAAUACCUUACUGGCUUUAGCCACUACAGAUUGACAUUGCACAUUGUUGCCUAGUUUGUUGUCUUUAACAAUUCUUAACUCCUUCUUGUGUGUUGUUAUGUUUAAUUCACUACCAUUUAGGGCAGGGUUUCCCAAAGAGUUUCCCAAACCUCUUACAUACUGUCACCCUCCCCCUCACAAAGUCACUCUCAAACUUGCCCCCCACACAGUAACCCUCACCUCCCACAUACUGUCACCCUCCCCCUUACUGUCACCCUCCCCCUUACACCAUCACCCUCCCCCUCACACUGUCACUCUCAACCUUCCCCCGCACACUGUCGCCCUUACCCUCCCCACACAGUUACCCUCACCUCAAUCCUGUUUGUGAAUAGACCUUCCCCCUCCACACAGUUGCCCUCACCUCACCCUCCCACCCCACACUGUCACCCUCACCCUUCCCACCAUACUGUCACCCUUAACCUUCCCCCCUACACUGCCACCCUUUCUCCCCACACUGUCACCCUCAACCUUCCCACCCACACUGUCACCCUCAACCUUCCCGCCACUCUGUCACCCUCAACCUUCCCCCCACACUGUCACCCUCACCUCCUUCCCACACUGUCACCCUCCCACACUGUCGCCCUCACCUACCCCACAGUCACCAUCACCUCCCUCCCACACACUAUCACCUUCAGCUCCUGUCGCUGUGUGUCUGUGUAUCUGUGUGUCCUUUUGUGUCAGUGUGUGUGUCUGUGUAUUUGUGUGUCCGUGUGUGUAUUGUGUGCUAGUGUGUAUCUGAGUGUGUUUGUGUGUAAUGUGUCAUUGUGUGUGUAUUGCUGUGUCAAUCUAGGUAUUUGUCUGUGUAUUUGCACAUGUGUCAGUGUGUGUGUCUCUGUGUUUCAGUGUAUACACUACACACAAAUACACGCCUACAUUCACACACAUACUACAGCUGAUUGCCAUGGUGUGCAAAUUUUAUGCAUCUAAAACUGAUUUCCAUGGUGUUCCAAUGUUAUGCAUCUAAAGCUGAUUGUCAGUGUGUGCCAAUUGUAUGCCUCUAAAGCGGAUUAUCCUGAUGUGCCAAUUGUAUGCCUCUAAAACUGAUUACCAUGAUGUGCCAAUUGUAUGCCUCUAAAACUGAUUGCCAUUAUGUUCCAAUUUUAUGCCUCUAAAACUGCCAUUAUGUGCCAAUUGUAUGCCUCUAAAACUGAUUUCCAUGGUGUGCCAACUCUAUGCCUCUAAAACUGAUUGCCAUGGUGUGCCAAUUGUAUGCCUCUAAAGCUACCAUGAUGUGUGAAUUUUAUGCCUCUAAAGCUGAUUGCCAUGGUGUGCCAAUUGUAUGCCUCUAAAGCUGAUUGCUAUGGUGUGGCAAGUUUAUGCAUCUAAAGCUGCCAUGAUGUGCCAAGUUUAUUCAUUUUUAAAAUAUGCAUUAAAAGCGAGUGGGGUGUUGAAAAAAAAUUACCUUUUUCAAUAGUGGGUCUCGGCCCAUUAAAGUUUGGGAAGCCCUGAUUUAGGGCUUGUGUAAGUUGCUUGUGCAUUCUUUACCCCGAAGUGCAUAACUUUGCAUUUCUCUGCAUUAAAUUCUCUGCCAUAUGAGUGCCCAGUCCCCCAGUCUAUCUAAAUCCCUCUGAAACAACAGUAAUAUCUUGCUCACAUUGUAUUACUUUAUGCAGUUUGUGUCAUCUGCCUUCCAUAAACCUUUUCCCAUCUAACAGAAACCUUGCCACAAUUUCUGUUACACUGUUGCAUAGCUCCAUUUACAAGUUUUAAUAAACAUAGCUGCUGUGAGCCACUAUCUCACAGGCUUCUUGAUAGAGCAAACCUCUCAGAGGAGGUUGGGACAUAAAUAAUGGGUGCCUCGGCCCCCCUGUUGCUUCUAUCAGCUCUACACCUGCAUGGCAAAAUUUGUCACACAUGAGGGAGUUGAUUACUAUGUAGCGUUAUGGUCUUCUGGCAGAGAGCCACACCUUGGGAUAAGCUAAACUGAAGGACACAUGGUACUACAACCUAGCAGUACAGUCAGAGUGGUCCAAUGAUAACAGCAUCUUGCUACAUCAGGAAAGGAACAAGUGAAGAAUAUUUACUUAUUUACUAUGUUGUGCCCAAGUACAGUGUAUAAAUGUUGCUAGGUUUAGUGGAGGGGAGUACAUACAGUCUUUGUAAGCCUCUUUCCAACAGGAAUUAUACAAGCCCCCCCCUGGAUAGCAUUUGUGUGGUUCUAGGUGAUGAUUCAUAAUAAUCAAAUGUUUAACUCAGAAGAACAUCUAGAGUGAAUUAUUUAGUAUGUCCAGAAUAUAAUAGUUUUAUGAGCUAAGCUGAUGGUCAUCAGGCCCUAAUAUUUAAAUGGAUUCUAUUGUUUUCACAAAAUCCAUUACUGUAUACAUGCAGCCUCCCAAGCUGUAUAUAUGCAAACAUAUAUUUUAGGAAUUGGUCACUUUAAAUAUUGCAUGCAAUGGGGCUAUCUUAAUGUAAGUACUUUCCACAAACAUAUGUGAGGUGUGAAUUGUAUUUGCAUAAAAAGAAAAAGUAAAACAAUUUGUCCACCACAUAUAUUCAAAUUGCCAUAGACCUGUCCUGUCUUUUACCAAAAUGGAAAAUAUACUUCCAAUGUCAUUCUGCUUAUGGUAUUAAAAUAUUAUUUAUCUUUUUCUCUAGCUCACUGGUUUAUUAAUUCAAGCUGCUAAACGAAUUCAAAUCAAUGUUCAUGUGAGAAAAAUUGAAGGAUAUGAAGCGUGAGUAUUAUAUACACUUAUGUGUAAUCAUGUGACCUUAAAAAAGAUUAAAGGUGGCCACUGUUGAAAUAGUACAGCAGUAAACUAUGAAGCCAAGUUACUCUCUGAUACUACACAGAGGGCAUAGUGUAGCGUGAGAGAAUAAGACAUAGAAGAAAAAAGUUGGUGUGUAUCUUGAAUUGGCUACAUCAAUUAGAACAUUGACUUAUGUUUAUUGUAAAAUAUUUCUAGGCCCUUCAAUGUCAAAUACUCAACAGAAGCUCAUGUGUAAGAUUUGUCUCUUUAAAAACAGUCCAGAAAUGUGGAAAAAUGAAGAGUGUAAAGUAUCUCAAUUAAACAUUUGCCUUUUUUUUUCAGUGUUACACAAAACAUACAGACUCUGUAUUUCCCUGUGAUGCAUCUUAAUGAGGUAAGAAUUCCCAUAAAUUAAACUACCCAAAGACACCAGUAAUGCUUCCACAUGGAAAACAUAGUUACAAGACACAACAGUUGUCUAGCAGAAGUGUACUCACAGUAUUUAGCAUAUCCGCAUAGUUGCCAACAGUCCUAUAUUGGGUACUCUCCCAGCAAAUAUAGGUCCUAGGGAUCUAUACCGCCUUUUGAAGUCUGCCAGCAGAUCAUCAAAUGUAGGAGGAAGCUGAGCAAUAGGGCUUUUCCCAGAGGACUUCAGCAACCCUCCAUGCCUGGUCUGCUUGCAGGGAAAGGCUGUCAGUCAACCUGACCACCCUCUAUAGGGGUGGGCUACCCCUUUCGAUGGGCAGUCCCACCACUGAAUGCCAACUCUGUUUCCUGCCCACCUCUGUCCCGGAAGGUGGGCAGGGAAUGUUGUCAGGUAAACUAGGUUUUUUUAACUAAAGAGUACCACCUAGUGAAGUGGCAACCGAGUUGCAGACUAUUGGAAAAAUGUAGAUUUCAAAAUAUUCUCAAACAGUGGCCUAAUUUAAAAAAAAAAAAUUUUUUUGAAACACUCUGUUUAUAACAUAAGGCGCUAAUGCUACACAUCAUCCUAUACAGUAAUAAAGACUAAUCAAUCUCUUCGCUGUGCGUUAGAAACACCUCCCACUCUUCUCUGCUCGCUCUCCUUCUUUUGCACUCCUCUUUUUCUCUCCCCAUUUUGUUUUCUUAGAGUCUAAAAGUUACAUGCAUGUGUUUUUAUUCUUGCCCACAGAGUGUCCUGAUUGAUGACAAAUCUGCAGAGAAACUGUCAAAGAUUCUCUUAACUUCCAGAGUAGUAUCCAACAUCCCCUUCAUAAUCAUGGCGAUUGGACUUAUUUUUGGUAUAAUAUUUAUUGUACUGAUUUGCCGAACAAACCGAGCCAGGGAAGAGGUAAGGACCACUGUUCUAUUAAUUCUAUUAACUAUGAAUUCCAUUCUUUAUAUACAUUAUAGUUAUAGUUAUUAGCAAUCUAUGGGGGGAUUCAUUCACCAAGCCGGGAGUUGUGAUGAGUGAAUCAGUUUGCAAAGUGUAGGUGAACUGAAGCCAGCUGAAUUGAAAACUUUUUUUUUAUCAUUUCAUCUCUUAUUGUCACAUGUAUCUGAUGAGGAAAUAGACCCUUGUAUUGUGAGAAGGAAUAGUAUAUAUUUACUGAAGUGAAAAAUGUGGUGUUCCGAGAGCUGAAUUACAAACUUUAGCCUAAAAUAUCCAAGUAGUGACUGUAACUGUGAUGGAGAGUUUUUGCAACUUGGCUUUUUCUGUCUGAAUUUAGCAUUUUGGAUUUCAAUACACAAUUUAGUGAAUAAGCUCCUUUUGUGCUAAUUACAAAAUACUAUCGGCAUGUUGUAUUGAAAGAGCAGUUUUAAAAUAUCAUUUUAAUAUUUUCAUUUAUGUUUCCUGUUUCUUGAGUGUGUACCUGACCUCUUCCUAUUCUUAGUAGUGAAAGAGUCAUUAAUAAUAUGUGGCACUAAUACGUACAGGUGAACUGAAAUCUAUUUAAAAAAUCUAUGAUAGUGCUAAGCCUAAUUAAAAUAAUGAACAAAUAAAUAAUUUUACAGGUAUGAGAAUAACCAUAGUGGCUGACAUACCAGCAAUGCUGAUGUUUACAUAUAUCUUCAUAUAUCUACACUGAACAAAAUUAUAAACACAACACUUUUGUUUUUGCCCCUAUUUUUCAUGAGCUGAACUCAAAGAUCUAAGACUUUUUAUAUGUAUACAAAAGGCCUAUUUCUCCAAAUAUUGUUCACAAAUCUGUCUAAAUCUGUGUUAGUGAGCACUUCUCUUUUGCCGAGAUAAUCCAUCCACCUCACGGGUGUGGCAAAUCAAGAUGCUGAUCAAAAGUCUUAGAUCUUUGAGUUCAGCUCAUGAAAAAGGCGGGCAAAACCAAAAGUGUUGCAUUUAUAAUUUUGUUCAGUGUAUAAUCAUAUUGGGAAAUACAAUAAUUCUCAGUAGUCUGUAUUCUGUACUCAUGGAUAAAAGUGAUACUACGGUAGUUGCUUUGGGUUUUUCCAUACAUGUUAUUGCUCUAAGACAGAGGUCUCCAACUAUCACCCACUGGUCCUUACUGGCCCCCAUCUACAUUCUUUGCAGCCUGCAGGGCUGGUUCUUAGGUGUCCAGCAUUGAUCUUGCAUAUCUUUGUUGGACAGUCUAUGUGGAAUUCUGAGCAAAUCUUGAAAGGGAGGGCUCUUUCAUCUCAAAGGACCCUCCACUGAGGUUUCGUUAUACAGUAGUUGUGCGUUAUGUGCGAAUGUCAUAUCCAUGCUUUCCUACCGCACACUGUGUGGCAGAUCCUCAUUGAACAGUUUAGUGAGAAGUAAUGUCUCUCACAGAUCCCUCAGGAUGCCACUUACAUGCUUUUCCCUGUAUGUAUCUGCAUGUGCCUAUAUUUGUGUUUGUGUAACCAUGAAUAUCUGCCUAUACGUGUAUCUGUGAUUGUGUUGCUGUAAUAUGUGUGUGUGUGUGUGUGUAGGGGGCGGCUUAAUGCAUCAGAUUUGGUGAUAAUGAUGGUUAAGGUAUGGGUUUAUUAUAGCAGUUGUACAUGUAUAAGAAUGUGUGUUUGUGGAUCUGGGAGUAUGGAUCUGCGUGUUCUAUAGCAUCUUGAAAUAUUUAUCAGUGUGUGGGUGUUUAAGAGUAUGGAUCUGUGGCCCCUGCAUUGUGACCAAACCAAAUGCAAGAGACUGUCAACAAACAAUAAGAACAAUUGUAAAUGUUGUCUGUGUCUGUUCUUCAGCCUAGUUCACUGCAGUUGUGGUUAAGAGAGGAAACUGAAGGUGAUUAUGUAACCUUCCCCCAGUACCUCCAAAGCCUCCAUGUUACCGUAGAAAAAGAACUUAUGGUCACUACAUUUUUCUUUGGGUUACUUAACCUGUCUGCCAUAUGAAAUUAGCCCAGGAAACAAAACCUAAUUAAAGUUUAGAAUACUAUAGUGCACAUGUUCCAUGUGUGUGUAAAAAAAGCAUGAGGGUCAUUGUUGUGCUCAUAUUUUUGCUAUUGACAUGACCACCAUCUUUUCUUGCCACAUGCAAUAGAAUCCACUAUGAAUUAAACGCACACGUGUGACCCACUCUAUAUUCUCACACUUGUGAUGUUUUAGUAACAGAGCUCCAGUCUUCUAUGAGUUGCAGACAUACAAUGGUAGAAUGGCAUCUCUGGCUUUCUGGGGCAGGUAUUACAUAAUUUAAGUUGAUUUUGCGGAUUUAUAAUAGCCAUUUCUAUGUAUUCUAUAUAAAUCGUAAAUAAAUUGAAGCUCUGUCAGCUACUUUCCAAACCAAAGUCUCGGGUCUAUUGAUCUACAUAGUAAUAAUGUCUGUAAACUGCCAAUGAAUAAGAAUUGCAUCAUGUAAAGGGCAUAUUUUAUACAUUUGUUAUUGUGGUUGGAGCAUUGUUUAAUCAUUUAUUUUAUUUUUUUGAAUGAAGACUUAGUUAGCUGGGCAUUGCCAAGUGUUAAGACAUUAUUUAUAAGGAUACUCUAACACAUACAUCUGUCUUUUCUUUUGAAAUGAUUUAGGGUUCUGAGGAAGAAAGGGGUCCUCUCAUAAGAACAUCCUAAAAUGCCUGAUACACUGCUUAUAGACUAUGCAAAAUAGCCACAACCUGCACUACUACAAGAGAUGAUGGAUGGUCCUUUACACUGCAGAUACAGACAUAACUAGUGGACAAGGAAACCGUGGAGUCCUUCCUUAUGCUACAUUUGUUUUGUCCUUCACUCUGUAUAGUUACAAUUAAUAAGUAUUUUACAGUAAUUUGGCAUGCUGCAGCCCAUGUGCCUCGUUUAUUAGAUGAUGCUUUUAAUUUGUUUUACAUUUAGGGUAUAUAGGUUAAGCAGUGCAAGAUAUUUUACAUUUGUAUAUAUAAUAAUAUUGUGACUAUUAAAGGGAAGUUUAGUCUGUUCUCCUUGGGAGAGAUGGAUGGCAUGGCUGUAAUGAAUCUGAUAAGAAUUGGUCACUAGGAUUUCAUUUCUUUGCCACUAGAUCAGGAGUAGGAACCCUUUAGCACUCCAGAUGCUGUGGACUAAAUCUCCCAUAAUGCUUUUCUAGCAUUAUGACUGUAAGAGUAUUUGGGAGAUGUAGUCCAAAACAUCUGGAGUCCACAGGUCCUAAUUCUGCCCUAGAUCCUCUUUCGUGGCAUGCUUGAUCUCAAAGAAUGUAUUACAGCCAAAACUAUCUCUUUAUAAGUUGCAUGAUCACAGAAAUGAAGGCAUUGGCCAAGACUCUUCAGAACAGAUAUGCUCCCAUUGUCCUCUCUAGAUAAAAGUUAAAAUCUUCAGCUGUUGUCAGACUUACUGAGAUCUCUAUGAUUAAACAGAACAUUUUCUUAACCGAAGGUUAAGUAAUAGCCUUACAGGUAAAUCCAUCCUGUUUGCUGUUAAAGUAUCAUACUUUUAUUAUAAUGUUUCCAUACAGUUAUAUUCGUGUACAGAAUUCAGUGUGUCUUUGAAUAUUUUACACACCUCGUGCAUAUGAUCUGCAUUCUCUUCCUUUAAACCAAUGGAGACAGUCUAAGAGCCACAGCUUUAAGAGCCAGAUUGACAGUGGGUGGACCUGUAUCCAGAUAGGCACAAUAUACCUAAACCUAAAAAACUAAAAAGGACCUUAGACCACUUUUAAUAUGUAAGUUAACAUUCUAACGGCAGCCCGGCACUAAAACUAGUUUUGGUUGUGACCUUUGCUAAAGUCUAAUUUUAAUUUUACAUAUAAAUGCCCACUAUAGUGUUUUGAAACUAGAAUUGAAACAUUUAAUUUUAUCUGGAAGCUUUUAAUAACCUUGAAAGAAAAAAGAGGGACAACAAAUAGUGCAAUAUGUAACAAUAUUUAAAAACAUUUUUUUUAGAACGUGUAUAAAGGGCCAACUCACACUUUAUUGAGCUACUAAGAGUUCUGCUGUUAUUCGCCUGGACAGUACAAUCCCCAUCUGUGGAUAUAUGUAGCUCUGUUGUACUUGUCGUCCAAUAUAUAUGGAGAAAAUAAAGCAGAGAGAGGUCUUAUGGUGUAGUCUAUCUAUACACAAGAUAAAAAAUAAAAUAAGUGGUAUCCUACUUACAAUAUACAGAGCAAUUGCCUGCUCUGGUAUGGAUAGCCUUGGUGGUAUUAUCCACACCUGGGAUAUGCAGGAUAAACCAGGAAAUACGAUGACAGGAAAAAUGGAGUAGUAAAAUAAUAAAAGGUGAUCUUUUAAAAUAUACUUUAUUAAUAUAUAGUAAAAGUAGUGUGUGUGUGUGUGUGUAUGUGUGUGUGUGUGUGUGUAUAUAUAUAUAUAUAUAUAUAUAUAUAUAUAUAUAUAUAUAUAUAUAUAUAUAUAAAUAAAAUAAUAUCGGGAAUAAGAGUAAGAAAUCCUUCCAGUACCAACAAUUAACACGUUUCACCUGGCUGGGCUGUCAUCGCAUUUCCUGGUUUAUCCUGUAUAUCCCAGGUGGGGAUAAUACCUCCAAGGCUAACUAUACCAGAGCAGGCCAUUGCUCUGUAUAUUGUAAGUAGGAUACCACUUAUUUAAUAAUUCAUCUUGUGUAUAGAUAUACUACACCAUAAGACCUCUCUCUCUGCUUUAUUUUCUCCAUAUAUAUUGGACGACAAGUAUAACAGAGUUACAUAUAUCUACAGACAGGGAUAGUAUUGUCCAGGCCAAUAACAAAAGAGCUCUUAGUAGCUCAAUAAAGUGUGAGUUGGCCCUCUAUACACUUUGGCACAGGGCAACAGGGCACUGAGGCAAGGGAGAGGUUAGCUUAUUUACACACAGGGUGUGUCUGAUUCUCCAAUUAAUGUUAACCACAACACGUGGGAGUUUCCCUCCCUUGUGGUCUCUGAGGUCAUCACUGUGUGGCUGGUCACAUGACCGGGUGCAGCACACAUAUUAGGAAGCUGCUGUGGAGCGUGCAGCGUCAGACACACUGUCAGUCUGUGUGACCAGAUGACGCCGCUCGCUGUGAUGAGGUAAGCAAGGUCACCGCGAGCAGCGCGGGGGCAGGGGACCUGACAAUAUGUUAAUAUAUGUAUUUAUAUUAACACAAGAUUGUGGUACACUUUCACACACCUUUGGGAGCGGUUUAUCACUCUGUGCCAUUUUCUGUAUUGUUUGUGAGGUUUUGGGAAUCCUCACAGAUUUACUGCUGCCCUUCUUUGCAUUUUUUUUGUAGUGAGCGCCUAUUCUCUGUUGCUUUACAUUUAAUUUUAUCUCAUUUGCACUCAUCUCUCACUGUUUCUGCUUCCAAAAGGGACACCCAUAGUGCCAUCCCCAAUUGGAGGUAUGGCUAAGACAGAAAUUACACACUUAUUUUUAGUCAUAGAGAUUCAUACCUGCAAUGGCACUGUGAUAGGAUGCAAGCAGUCAGCUGACACUCUCAACCAAUCACAAAAGAGAAAAAAAAAAUGAUAACUUGACAAUUUGUGUAUAUAGUUUUACAAAGCCCAUAAUUCUAGAUUAGCAUAACCUUUCUGGAUUCAUAAAUUGAGUACUAACAUGUUUUUCACCAUUCUCAAGAAAAGUAAUUAUUUCACCAGGCUCAGCCCUUUGAUUGCCAAAUUCCUAGAUUCUAUGUGGGAGGCUGAGUUUGGGUGAACCUCACUGGACCAUUUAGUAUUGAACGCACUAAAGUUAAUCAAUCUUAUUCUUAGGUUUGGCUUUGACUCUGGUUUAGAUAACAUUUGACGAGAAUGAUCAGAUUUUCAUUUGAUUGGUAUAUGUUUGCUCUAACAAAUUAAGAAUAGGUACGUAAUCUUGUGUGAACCUUUUCUCCCAUAAUGAACAAUAAUUUAAGCCUUUAUUGACUACACCAUACCCUUAAGCAGGUUAUGAAGCACAAUUAAUUGUGACAUUACUAUCAAUGUUAAUAUGUCUGAUGUAACUAGUCGGUAACCAAUUAACUGAUCCUAUCAGAAGCAUUUAUGUCUGUGUUUAUCCUUCAAUAUCAGACUUUGUAUCAGACCUAACAUAUUGCAUGGCAUGUUUCCUUGCUUUAUUUGUUUUAAAUCGUGUUUUACAACUAAAUAAAUAAAAUAUUUGUGAUUUCUUUUUUACUUGAGAAAGUAAAUUUUUUAUAAGGG